UCCGGACCGAAGAGCAGUUAAAUGCACUUUCCGUUCAGAUGGUUUGUUGACUGGGCUGCUCCGCAAUCUCUCCUUACAGACGAGGGCCGACGCUUUUGGACUUGGACUUACUCGUGUGGCCUAUUUAAAAACGGAGCGCCGCUGGCCUCGUAGCCGACUGCGCUUCCGCCAUGUUGAAGUGAUUCAAGUUGUGUGUGAGUGAGGGCUGCUGCUGGGACCCAAGUGACAAGCCCCAGAAAUCGGUCGGGAGUCAGGGGGCUGUGACUGCGCCGGUGACGCAGGGAAAAACACCCAGAAGCAAGAGGGGGGGAAACGUCGGAAUUAGAGAGGUCUCUGGCAGCGGGUCGGUGUGUCCUGCGAAAAGCCGUCACCGAUUCCAGGCCACGUUUAUAUAAUAUACGACGACACCGCCGCUCAAGGCUGGACGUAGCCGGUGAAUAGAGGCGAAGUCCUAUCAAAUUCCUGGUUAUGCAAUGGUCUCAGCGGCACAUCCAGAUCUCCAGGUGCUUGUGUCCUCUCGCGUGUUCGGCCUCUCUUCGCUCCGCUCCACGGCUGAGGUGGCUCUGAUUUCCCUUCUGGUCAGCGCUGCAUAAAGAGGCCAAGAUUGCCAAGAUCUGCCCCGUGGCGAGCAUGACGGCCACCACGCGUGGCUCUCCGGUGGGGGGCAAUGACAGCCAGGGCCAGGCGCCUGACGCUCAGAGCCAACCUCCAUUGCCACAGAACCAGACUUCAUCUCCUAACUCAUCUAAUGAGAACUCUCCAGUGAGCCCACCGGGCGAACACGGGCAAGGGGAUGGACCUCCCCACCUGGAGGAAGAGGAGCCCGCCUUCCCUCACACUGACCUAGCCAAGCUAGAUGACAUGAUCAACAGGCCUCGUUGGGUGGUUCCAGUUUUGCCAAAAGGAGAAUUAGAAGUCCUCUUGGAGGCUGCUAUAGAUCUCAGUAAAAAAGGACUGGAUGUGAAGUGUGAGGCGUGUCAGAGGUUUUUCCGAGAUGGUCUGACCAUCUCGUUCACGAAGAUCCUCACGGAUGAGGCAGUCAGCGGCUGGAAGUUUGAGAUUCAUCGGUGUAUCAUAAAUAACACACACCGCUUGGUGGAGCUGUGUGUGGCCAAGCUCUCUCAGGACUGGUUUCCUCUACUCGAGCUUCUGGCCAUGGCCACCAACCCUCACUGCAAGUUCCACAUCUAUAAUGGCACGCGGCCCUCUGAGACCGUCCCCGCCGGAGCGCAAUUGGCUGACGACGACCUAUUUGCCAGACCACCAGACCCACGCUCGCCUAAGGGCUGGUUGGUGGACUUAAUAAAUAAAUUUGGCACGUUAAACGGGUUUCAAAUGUUGCACGAUCGCUUCAUGAGUGGCGAAGCACUGAACGUCCAGAUCAUCGCUGCACUUAUCAAGCCUUUUGGCCAGUGUUACGAGUUCCUCACCUUGCACACAGUGAAGAAGUACUUCCUCCCCGUCAUCGAAAUGGUCCCACAGUUCCUGGAGAACCUCACCGAUGAGGAGCUUAAGAAAGAGGCCAAGAAUGAAGCCAAAAACGACGCACUGUCCAUGAUCAUCAAGUCUCUGAAGAAUCUUGCAUCCCGUGUACCAGGGCAAGAGGAGACUGUGAAGAAUUUAGAGAUUUUUAGAUUAAAAAUGAUACUUAGGUUAUUGCAAAUUUCUUCUUUUAACGGCAAAAUGAAUGCACUAAAUGAAGUCAACAAAGUGAUCUCUAGCGUGUCAUACUACACUCAUCGGCACAACCCCGAGGAGGACGAAUGGCUGACUGCAGAGCGCAUGGCGGAGUGGAUCCAGCAGAACCACAUCCUGUCCAUUGUCCUGAGAGACAGUUUACACCAGCCUCAAUAUGUCGAGAAACUGGAGAAGAUCCUUCGCUUCGUUAUCAAGGAGAAAGCUCUCACCAUGCAGGAUCUCGACAAUAUCUGGGCGGCACAGGCGGGCAAACAUGAGGCCAUUGUGAAAAAUGUCCACGACCUCCUGGCUAAGCUAGCAUGGGAUUUCUCACCUGAGCAGCUGGAUCAUCUAUUUGACUGUUUCAAGGCAAGUUGGACGAACGCCAGCAAGAAGCAGCGAGAGAAACUGCUGGAGCUUAUCCGCCGCCUAGCUGAAGAUGACAAGGACGGUGUGAUGGCCCACAAGGUUCUCAAUCUGCUGUGGAACCUGGCCCACAGUGACGACGUGCCGGUUGAUAUAAUGGAUCAAGCUCUUAGCGCUCACAUCAAAAUACUAGAUUACAGCUGCUCACAGGACAGAGACACUCAGAAGAUCCAGUGGAUUGAUCGCUUCAUAGAGGAGCUGCGAACCAAUGACAAAUGGGUGAUUCCUGCCUUGAAGCAAAUCCGAGAAAUAUGUAGCCUUUUUGGAGAAGCUCCACAGAACUUAAGUCAAACCCAGAGGAAUCCACACGUGUUUUACCGCCAUGACCUUAUCAAUCAGCUGCAAAACAACCAUGCCCUGGUCACGCUGGUGGCUGAGAACCUGUCAGCCUACAUGGAGACGAUGCGGCAGUUCUCCAAAGAAGAACAGCCAGAGUUUGACCCUCAAAUAGUCCGACCAGGAAGCCGCUACAGCCACGUCCAGGAAGUGCAGGAACGACUUAACUUCCUGAGGUUCCUUCUUAAAGAUGGCCAGCUGUGGCUCUGUGCCCCCCAGGCCAAGCAGAUCUGGAAGUGUCUGGCCGAGACUGCAGUCUUCCUCUGUGACCGCGAGGCCUGCUUCAAAUGGUACUCCAAACUGAUGGGGGACGAACCUGACCUGGACCCAGACAUCAACAAGGACUUCUUUGAGAAUAAUGUCCUGCAGCUGGACCCGUCCCUGUUGACGGAGAAUGGCAUGAAGUGCUUUGAGAGGUUCUUCAAGGCUGUCAACUGCAGGGAGGGGAAACUGGUGGCCAAACGUAGGGCCUACAUGAUGGACGACCUGGAACUCAUAGGCCUAGACUACCUGUGGAGGGUGGUAAUUCAAGGAAGUGAUGAUAUUGCCAGCAGAGCCAUAGACCUGCUGAAAGAGAUCUACACCAAUCUUGGACCAAAGUUACAAGUCAACCAGGUGGAAAUCCAUGAAGAUUUUAUCCAGUCAUGUUUUGACCGUCUGAAGGCGUCCUACGACACCCUAUGCGUUUUGGAUGGAGACAAAGAUAGCAUCAACUGUGCCCGCCAGGAGGCAAUCCGCAUGGUGAGAGUUCUCACUGUGCUCAAGGAGUACAUCAAUGAGUGUGACAGCGACUACCACGAGGAGAGGACCAUCCUGCCCAUGUCGAGGGCAUUCCGGGGAAAGCAUAUCACGUUGAUAGUGCGCUUCCCCAACCAGGGGCGCCAGGUGGACGACCUGGACAUCUGGUCGCACACCAACGACACAAUUGGCUCAGUGCGCCGCGGCAUCCUAAACCGCAUCAAAGCAAACGCCGCGCACACCAAGAUCGAACUCUUCAUCGGAGGCGAGGUGGUCGACCCCGCUGAUGAUCGAAAGCUGAUUGGACAGCUCAACUUGAAGGACAAAACACUGAUCACAGCCAAGCUAACUCAAGUGAGCGCCAACAUGCCCUCCAGCCCAGAUAGCUCUUCCGACUCCUCCACCGGAUCGCCCGGCAACCACGGCAACCAUUACGGUGAGGGGCCCAACCCUGAAGUGGAGAGCUGUCUUCCUGGUGUGAUCAUGUCGCUACACCUACGCUACAUCUCCUUCCUGUGGCAGGUGGCUGACCUGGGCUGCCAACUCAACAUGCCCCUCCUUAGAGAUGGCGCAAGAGUUCUCAUGAAACUCAUGCCACCAGAUAAUACUACUGUGGAAAACCUGCGCGCUGUGUGUUUGGACCAUGCCAAGCUCGGGGAGAACAGCCUCAGCCCUUCACUGGAUUCUCGCUUCUUUGGACCCUCCCCCUCACAAGUGCUCUACCUCAUUGAGGUUGUGUAUGCUUUACUAAUGCCAGCCAGUGCCACUCUGAGCGAGGAUGCAAGCGACUUCCAGUACAACUUCCUGAAGAGCGGUGGCUUGCCGCUCGUGUUGAGCAUGCUCACCCGGAACAACUUCCUGCCAUCGGCCGACAUGGAGACGCGGCGCGGGGCUUACCUCAACGCGCUGAAAAUAGCCAAACUCCUCCUCACCGCCGUAGGCUUUGGGCACGUGAAAGCUGUGGCGGAGGCCUGCCAGCCCAACGCUGAGGGAAACAUUCCUGUUUCCCCGAUUAAUCAGGCCACUCACGAUCAGGCUCUGGUGCUGCAGAGCGCCCUGCAAAACAUACCAAAUCCUGCCUCAGAAUGUAUGCUGCGCAAUGUAGCCAUCCGCCUGGCACAGCAGAUUUCUGAUGAGAAUUUUUUCCAGACAUCAAAGUCGAUUCCUGACAUCUGUGUGAUCCGAGCGGUACAGAAAAUAGUUUGGGCAUCAGGCUGCGGCACAGUGCAGCUCGUCUUCAGUUCUAAUGAAGACAUCAGCAAGAUAUACGAGAAGACAAAUGCAGCCAAGGAACCAGACGGCGAAGACGAGCAGGUGUGUUGUGAGGCCUUGGAAGUGAUGACAUUGUGUUUUGCCCUGAUGCCCACUGCCCUGGACACGCUCAGCAAGGAGAGGGCUUGGCAAACCUUUAUUAUAGACUUGCUGCUACACUGCCACAGCAAAUCAGUGCGUCAGAUGGCACAGGAACAGUUUUUCCUGAUGGCAACCAGGUGCUGUAUGGGCCACAGACCCCUCCUCUUCUUCAUUACCCUCCUUUUCACUGUACUGGGGACCACCGCUAAGGAGCGAGCUAAGCACGCCGGGGACUACUUCACUUUGCUCCGGCAUCUUCUGAACUAUGCCUACAACAGCAACAUCAACCUGCCAAAUGCGGAGGUGCUGCUCAACAAUGAGAUCGACUGGCUCAAAAGGAUAAGGGAUGAAGUCAAAAGGACAGGGGAGACUGGUGUGGAGGAGACUAUCCUGGAAGGCCACCUUGGUGUCACCAAGGAGCUUCUAGCCUUCCAGACUCCCGAGAAGAAGUAUUACAUUGGCUGUGAGAAGGGAGGUGCUAACCUCAUAAAGGAGCUGAUUGACGACUUCAUCUUCCCGGCGUCAAAUGUUUACCUGCAGUACAUGAAGAGCGGCGAGUUCCCCACGGAGCAGGCCAUCCCAGUGUGCAGCACCCCCGCCUCCAUCAACGCUGGCUUUGAGCUCCUGGUGGCGCUUGCUGUGGGCUGUUUGCGCAACCUCAAGCAAAUCGUUGACACGCUCACAGACAUGUACUAUUUGGGCUGCGAAACUUUGACAGAGUGGGAGUACCUUCCUCCGGUAGGCCCGCGGCCCAAUAAAGGCUUUGUGGGUCUGAAGAACGCUGGGGCCACGUGUUACAUGAACUCUGUAAUUCAGCAGCUGUACAUGAUCCCCCCCAUUCGUAACGGCAUCCUGGCCAUCGAGGGCACAGGCACCGAUGUGGAUGAUGACAUGUCGGGCGAUGAGAAGCAGGAGAAUGAGACAAACGUGGAUCCUCGUGAUGAGGUGUUCAACUAUCACCACCAGUUUGACGAUAAGCCUGCUAGUAAAGCAGAAGACAGAAAGGAGUACAACAUCGGGGUAUUGCGUCACCUGCAGGUCAUCUUUGGCCAUCUCGCUGCAUCCAGACUUCAGUACUAUGUCCCGAGGGGCUUCUGGAAACAAUUCAGGUUAUGGGGUGAGCCAGUGAAUCUAAGAGAGCAACAUGACGCUUUAGAGUUUUUCAAUUCUUUGGUGGAUAGUCUGGAUGAAGCAUUGAAGGCCUUGGGUCAUCCUGCUAUGCUCAGCAAGGUUCUAGGAGGCUCAUUUGCAGACCAGAAGAUCUGUCAGGGAUGCCCUCACAGAUACGAGUGUGAGGAGUCAUUCACAACACUUAAUGUGGACAUCAGAAACCACCAGAAUCUUUUGGACUCAAUGGAGCAGUACGUCAAAGGAGAUCUACUGGAGGGAGCCAACGCAUACCACUGUGAGAAGUGUAACAAGAAGGUGGACACUGUCAAGCGUCUCCUGAUCAAGAAGCUGCCGCCGGUCCUCGCCAUCCAACUGAAACGCUUUGAUUACGAUUGGGAGCGGGAAUGUGCCAUCAAAUUCAACGACUACUUUGAAUUCCCGAGGGAAUUGGACAUGGAGCCGUACACGGUAGCCGGCGUGGCCAAGAUUGAGGGUGACGACGUCAACCCGGAGAACCAAGUGAUCCAGCAGAACGAGCCCUCGGAGCCCACGCCCGUGGGCAGCUCCAAGUACCGUUUGGUGGGGGUGCUCGUCCACUCGGGCCAGGCCAGCGGCGGACAUUACUACUCGUACAUCAUCCAAAGGAAUGGCGGCGAUGGGGAGAAAAACCGCUGGUAUAAGUUCGACGAUGGCGACGUGACGGAGUGCAAGAUGGACGAUGAGGAGGAGAUGAAGAACCAGUGCUUCGGUGGUGAAUACAUGGGCGAAGUGUUUGAUCACAUGAUGAAAAGGAUGUCAUACCGCAGACAAAAACGCUGGUGGAACGCCUACAUCCUUUUCUACGAACGUAUGGACUCGCUAGACAAGGACAGCGAGCUUGUCAAAUACAUCUCAGAGUUGACCAUCUCCACCGCCAAGCCGCAUCAGGUCAAGAUGCCUGGUGUCAUUGAGUGCAGCGUCCGCAAGCAGAACGUCCAGUUUAUGCAUAACCGAAUGCAAUACAGCCUGGAAUAUUUCCAGUUCAUUAAGAAACUUCUGACCUGUAACAGUGUCUAUUUAAACCCUCCUCCAGGACAAGACCAUCUUCUGCCCGAGGCAGAGGACAUUGCUAUGAUAAGUGCUCAGCUGGCUGCUCGCUUCCUCUUUAGCACAGGCUUCCACACCAAGAAAGUAGUCAGGGGUCCUGCCAGUGAUUGGUAUGACGCUCUCUGCAUCCUGCUGAGACACAGUAAGAAUGUACGCUACUGGUUUGCACACAACAUCCUGUUUGCUUACCCCAACCGCUUCUCCGAGUACCUACUGGAGUGCCCGAGCGCCGAGGUGCGCGGCGCCUUUGCCAAGCUCAUAGUCUUCAUCGCUCACUUCUCACUGCAAGACGGCCCUUGCCCCUCCCCCACUGCUUCGCCUGGAACCUCCGCUCAGGGCUGUGAUAACCUCAGUCUAAGUGACCACCUUUUAAGAGCUGUCCACAACUUGAUCAGACGAGAGGUUUCUGAACAUGGCCGUCACCUGCAGCAGUACUUCAACCUCUUUGUCAUGUACGCCAAUCUGGGCCUGGCAGAGAAGACCCAGCUGCUGAAGCUGAAUGUGCCCGCCACCUUCAUGCUAGUCGCUCUGGACGAAGGUCCCGGCCCCCCCAUCAAGUACCAGUACGCCGAACUGGGCAAGCUCUACACGGUGGUCUCCCAACUGGUCCGCUGCUGUGACGUGUCCUCACGCAUGCAGUCCUCCAUCAACGGUAACCCCCCUCUGCCUAACCCCUAUGGGGACACCAACCUGACAGCCCCGGUAAUGCUGAUACAGCAGAUGGUGGCUGAGAUUCUGUUUGUGAGGACCAGCUACGUGAAGAAGAUCAUCGAGGACUGCAGCAACUCUGAGGAGACUGUGAAGCUGCUCCGCUUCAGCUGCUGGGAGAACCCUCAGUUUUCCUCCACUGUGCUCAGUGAGCUACUGUGGCAGGUGUCAUACUCUUACAACUAUGAGUUGAGGCCUCACUUGGACUUGCUGCUCCAGAUCCUUCUCAUUGAGGACUCGUGGCAGACACACAGGAUCCAUAAUGUGCUGAAGGGAAUUCCUGAUGACAGGGAUGGUCUCUUUGAUACCAUCCAGCGUUCCAAGAACCACUAUCAGAAACGGGCCUACCAGUGCAUCAAGUGCAUGGUGGCCCUCUUCAGCAACUGCUCUGUGGCUUACCAGAUCCUCCAGAGUAACGGGGACUUGAAACGGAAGUGGACGUGGGCUGUGGAGUGGCUGGGCGACGAACUGGAGAGGAGGCCGUACUCCGGCAAUCCUCAGUACACCUAUAACAACUGGUCGCCUCCGGUCCAGAGUAACGAAACGUCUAACGGCUACUUCCUGGAGCGCUCGCACAGCGCACGCAUGACCCUCGCCAAGGCCUGUGAGCUUUGUCCUGAAGAGCUCAAGUGUACUCAGGGAAGCCCAGGGAAGGAGCCGGAUGAACAGGAAGCCCCUGACGAUCAAGACUCGUCCCCGCCCGAGGACACCUCUUUGUACCCGCAUUCUCCUGGAACCGCACAGUUCCAGCAGAACAACCACCCUCACGGGCAGCCGUACACCGGCCCCGCCGCGCAGCACAUGAACAACCCUCAGCGCCCCGGCCCCGCCUCUGCGCCGACCCCGGGCCCCGCGCAGGCCCCGGCCGCCGGCCCCGUCCCCGGCCCCGGCCCCGGCCCCAGAGCACAAGAGAACUGGGAGAGCGCGGAGGAGCCCGCCCCGGCCCCCGCCCCGCCUAAGGAGUAACACCGCCCUGCCCCGAAGCCCCCUUUGCCGCCGCCUCCCUCCUCUGCUGUGCCUGGAGCCUCUGUGGUCCCGCUCCCCUUCCUCCUCCUCUGCUCUCUCUUUGGUUCUCCCAGCGGGGGGCACCGCAGGAGCGGAGGGAGUGGAUUUAAGAGUUCUAAAUAAAGAAAAAAACUAUUAACCCAGGGCUGGCGAUGAUGAUGAAAGUUGUACAUAAUAUUGUUCGUGUUGGUGACUGUUGGAUCGCCCGGUAGCAUCACUUGCUGUGCUUCGCUGUUGGGACAAAAAUGGAUACGGGGAGAAUGGGGGGGGGGGGGGGGGGGGGGGGGGCCAUGGUCAUCGGCCACGUUCCGCGGUAAGAGUUUGUUCCAGAUGGGGGACGAUUCAAAGGUCAUUCAACUGUAGAUGACGAAGGACGCGUUUAUCUUCACCAUUUUGUUGUUGUUCUUGGUUAGCUCCCUGGGUGUCGAGUUUGUUUGGCCGUCAGGUGAACUUUGCCGCUGUUUGACGUGAAAAUACAGGAAUGCAACAUUUGGCCGGAGAAUCAUUGCCUUUUUAUGUUUUUCUUUUUUAUUUUGUUUUCAGUCAAUAUGCUGUAACAUUUAGCAUGGCUUCUCACCACAUUUGUGUCAUCCAAGGGAAGACGUUCAUGACAACCUGAAGCUGUUCUUACUCCACAUCUCCACAGGGGGGCGCUACUCCUUUUUUUUGUCCCCAUCUACAGCAAGGGCAAUAUUUUUGAACCAAUGUAUGACUAAGUGGCUUUCAAUUGCACAUAUAAUCCUUCACAUUUGGCAGUGGAGUUUCGCAGGUGGGACAGCUUACAUUUAAUCACCCCCCCCCCCCCCCCCCGGAAAAAAAAAAAAAACAUGCUACACUUGCUGCACCGCCGACCAUCUUUGUGGUUUAUCAUAGGAUGCGUGGUUUAGCUUCCGUCGAGCGCCCCCAAGUUUUGAGACCCGCUUCCCAUUCACUCGCCAUCUCGCUUGGUGGCCACAAGGGGGCGCCACGGCGCGCGGUGUUUAGGAAUAGCUGGUUAGUCCCAUUGCAACUAACUUGUGAUUCUGUAGUAAAAGGUAAACAUCAGUAAAUACUGUAUUUAAUUGGUAACUUGAAUACGUUUUUUUCCCGUUUUUUUUUUUUGUCUAAAACAUACCAAAUACUCCUGCAAAUGAAAAUAUUCUGCCCACCGUAUUAUAUUUAAAUAUUUUGCUCUUAUUUUAUAGAAUUUAUUUUGUUGUAUUUCACUAAAAAAAAUAGAAUUUGGUUUAAAAGGAACAUUUUUGUCCUUUUGUUAUUUUUAAAGAAGAUAUUGACUGUACAGAGUUCUAAUCUGCGCCCUGUUUUUUGCCGACUUUUGUUUUGGCCAUGGUGUGACGUUGAAUUCUGGAGCUACAGUCGCGAUGUGGACUUUCACUUUGUGAGGUUUUUUUUUGUGCACAGAAAUAUAACAAAACAAAAAAAAGCAUUGCGCCCUUAGCAAAUAAAGAACUUGGAAUCUU